CAGUCAUUAUCUGUCACAACUAGAAUUUGAAGUUAGAAACUCAUAAACCACCACACCCACUCAUAUCCUCACCUCAGACCUGCCUCCGCCACCCAAUCGCCACCGCCGCUUCUCCGUCACCCAAUCGCCGCCGCUGCUUCUCUGCCACCCAAUCGCCGCCGCUGCUUCUCUCCUUCUUUCCACCGCCACCAAAAAGGUUUUUUUUUGGAGAACAAAAAGCUAUUGAACUUGGACAGAAGCAUUGCUGACUGAUCAUAAGCUAACAAAACAGCUUAAAGUUGUAUUUUGAUGUUAGUGAUUUGAACAUAAAGCAGCUUAAAGUUGUAUCCGGGGGCCAAUUUAUAAGAUUAAAACGGGGCCAACGAAUUGUUUAAGACGGCCCUGGUUAAAGUGAUCAGUUAGUUAGUCUUCUCAAGCUGUUUUUGCUGGUGAUUUACAUGUUCUUUGGGAGUUCUGAAGUGCCAUUAGAUUUAUAUUUUAAAUCCACUAAAUAGAUGGAUCAGAAACGGCAUAUUGCGAUUUUUACUACUGCUAGCCUUCCUUGGUUGACCGGAACAGCAGUGAAUCCUCUCUUUCGUGCGGCGUAUCUUUACAAAGCUGGGAUAAGGAAUGUCACCUUGGUGAUCCCUUGGUUAUCAUUGAAAGAUCAAAAAGUAGUAUAUCCGAACAAUAUUACAUUUGAUUCUCCUGCAGAGCAGGAGAAAUAUAUUCGCCAAUGGCUUGAGGAUAGAGUUGGAUUUGCAUCUGGUUUCAGCAUAAAGUUUUAUCCGGGAAAGUUUUCUAGAGAUAAAAGGAGCAUUCUUGCUGUUGGCGAUAUUUCAGAAAUUAUCCCCGACAAAGAUGUAGAUAUUGCUGUUCUAGAAGAGCCUGAGCACCUGACGUGGUUUCAUCAUGGGAAAAGAUGGAAAACUAAAUUCAAGCUAGUUAUAGGAAUUAUUCACACCAAUUAUUUAGCAUAUGUGAAGAGAGAGAAGAAUGGAACCCUGCAAGCAUUUUUACUGAAAUAUUUAAACAACUGGGUUGUUGGUAUAUAUUGUCACAAGGUAAUCAGACUCUCUGCUGCCACUCAGGAUUACCCUGGGUCCAUCGUCUGUAACGUUCAUGGAGUUAAUCCAAAGUUCCUUGAGAUUGGCAAGAAAAAAAGGGAGCAACAACAAAAUGGAGAGAUUGCCUUUACCAAAGGUGCCUAUUUUAUUGGGAAAAUGAUAUGGAGCAAAGGCUACAAGGAGCUGCUCCAACUUCUUAAUGAUCAUCAAAAGGAAUUAUCUGCUCUUGAGCUUGAUUUAUUUGGAAGUGGAGAGGAUUCUGAUGAAGUUCAAGAAGCUGCUAAAAAGCUGGAAAUGACAGUUAGAGUUCAUCCAGCCCGUGAUCAUGCUGAUGGUCUAUUUCAUGAUUUCAAAUUGUUUAUUAAUCCGAGCACAACAGAUGUGGUUUGCACGACAACAGCAGAAGCUUUAGCAAUGGGAAAAAUUGUUGUGUGCACGGACCAUUGCUCAAAUGAGUUUUUCAAGCAGUUCCCGAAUUGUUGGACGUAUAAUAACCACAAGGAAUUUGUUGAACUAACACUUAAGGCAUUGACCGAAGAACCCGGCCAACCUACCGACGCUCAGAGACAUGACCUUUCAUGGGAGGCUGCCACAGAACGGUUUCUUAAGGCCGUUGACCUCGACAAGCCAUCUGAGAGAAAAUUAUUAUCUAGAACUACUUCAAACUAUCUGUCUACUUCGUUAUAUUUGCAGCAGACAGUAGAGGAUGCAUCAGCAUUUGUACAUCAUGUAGCUUCUGGGUUUGAAAUAUCGCGAAGAAUAUUUGGUGCCAUUCCACAUAGCUUGCAACCCGAUGAACAGCUGCGCAAGGAACUUGGGUUUGCUAAUACUUCCGGGACAUAAGGUUUGAAAGAUUAUGUGUUAUUAACGACAAUAGUUAAAAUUUGUUUAAUUUAUUCCUAAAAGGUUGAGAGUGGUUUGCUCAUUCAAAUGCUCUCUUUCUAGUCAGGAUAGGAAUUAAAAAGUUUACUGCCUUGAAUAGAUGUAUGUUAAAUAAGGCAUCUUUGUUUAGCAUCAGUAAAUGUUGGAGAAUUUGACUAUUUCACCUGAGUUGAGAUGACUGGUUUAAUUCAUAUUGUUUGUAGUAA